GAUCUAACACAGGCAAGCUCCAAGUCGACCUCAUGGCAGACAUUCCCUUAAAGGUUAGCGCUUCAGCAACGUUCUCUGACCUCUCACGAGCGAAAAACUACAACCUAAAUUUUUUCUAAUGCAUUUACACGCUGACUAGUACAGUUGCAACGAAAAGUACAUACAUUCGUUAUAUCCAACUCCCUGCCAUAGAACAGGAUUGACGACAAGGGCAGUACUUCAAGCGGAGCUUAUAUAGGGGGAGUGUAAGAACAAUCCAGAUAGUCGUACAUGCUCGUACAUGACACUGUUGUGACACUGCAACGAGAACAAGAGCUUGGGGAAGCUCCGGUUUGCGGCGUUCACAUACAUUGCAUAAUUGGUCUGUGGUUUGGAAAGCAUUUCUGGAUUGCGACGAGUAUCACUGAGUUCAUUACGCUUCUAAGUCUCAGGGGUGUUCAAUAUUCAAUCAUGCGAUUUGACUUUAUCUGUACCGCUCUGAACUCAUCGCAAAUCUCGGUUGCGACGAAGGGAUUUGGAGACGUGGAGCAGGACAACAAGGGAUUAGUACACCGGCCAGCGAUGAACCCGCUGAAGUCGGAUUUCUCUAAUCUGUCUGGCGAAACCUGCGCCACUUUGGGCAUUCAUAUUUCUAAGUUCGCACUCCCUGUGCAAGUACAGGCGACACAACAGUAUCUCACUCGUGCAGACCUAGAACAAGUCAUUACGCCGGCUGUAUACGGCCACCUCCAGACACUGACAAACCACGCUGAUCAGUGCUCGCCUGUCAUGAUGAUGUGGUUGGGCCCAGACGGAAUCUUGUAUCGUCAUGCCGGUGGCUCGGGACGUCGUCACAUCAUAUUAUUAGCGAUGAGUCAAGAGACGCCGAGCGACAACCACAACAGCUAUCGAACAGACGGCGUUAGGACAUACGGAAUACAAUUGCGUAGGCUAUACCUAUCACACAGACGAGCACGGAGCUGA